AUGGCAUUCUGGGAUAUGUGUACGCCAUGUUGAAUCCUUUAAUGCUAUGGGAUAUAACCCACAAUGCGAGACGGCCCUCCAUCUAGUCAUGGCACCAUACAUGCAAGCAACCCACAACUUCUAGCAUCUCUACUGCAAGAUGACAACAAUGACAACAACGACAACAAUGACAGUAAUGACAAUGUCAGCAGCACACAAAAUGGUGAAAUGCAUCCCACAUCGUCCUCGUCCAGAAUGUCAGGCAAUCCUGUGAAGAGAGUGGUUCUUGAGGAUGAGGAUGAAGAUGAGGAUGACCAGUAUCGCUUUGUCAGCAGUAGGAUUGAGGAUUAUGAUGAUGACGAUGAUGAAAACAUUGAGCAAGCUAACCUUACAGUAGGUGUUAACAGUAGAAAUGGCAUGACUCAAAAUGGGUCAGUUUUGCAUAAAGACCUCAGUGUCAUUGAGAACGGCGGACAACAUCUCCCUGUACGGAAUGGGAGUAACAUUCAGCAGCAGUCUAGGCAGAAUACGCAGCUGAGUAAUACUGGAAGCCGCCAGGGUGCAAGGCAGUACUCUUACGUUACUCCUGCUGGACCAAUACAAAGCAGACAAGGUCAGAAUACCCCAACAUACAGCAGGCAAAAUGACAGGCCUGGAUCAAAACAAAUUGUAGAGGGAGAGCAGCACAGUGGGACACCUGUUAAAAAUGGUGGUACACCCACAAAUACUGGGGAGUUCACUCCCAGUGGGACUGACUUCUCACCUGCGGGUAACCAAAGGCAGCUUAGUCAAACAUCAGCCAAUCAAAGGCAGCCUAGCAGGCAGCCAACACAAACUUCAGCUAAUCAGAGACAGCCUAGUAGGCAGCCCACACAAACUUCAACCAAUCAAAGGCAGCCUAGUAGACAGCCUACACAAACCUCGGCCAAUAAAAGACAAACUAACAGAGAGGGCCCUCAAACAUCGGCCAAUCAGAGAGAGUCGAGAAGACAGUCAGCUAUACAAGCUGCCAAUGGAAGUCAUAGAAACAGCCCUAGCAAUAAUUAUGGGCAGUCUAGUAGAAAUGGACUACAAAAUGAGCAACUUGGGGAUGCAGCUCAGAGAGGGAGGAGCAGGUCACAGUUCGACCAGGGUGAGGAUGGAGAUGAGGAAGAAGAGGAUGAAGAAGAUGAUGAUGAGGCCAGGCCCACUGAUUCAUUAGACAUUGAUGCUGCUGAUCUCCAACGCGAGGAGGAAUACCAACAAAUGUUGAAGCAGAGGCUUCAUGAGCAGGAGAAGUCUUUACAUGACACACAAAUACCUCCUUUGGAUUUUAACCAGGAAGAUGACCUUGACCUGUCCUUGAGAGAUGACAGAGGUCAGGAGACUUGGAACAGUGAAGCUCUGCAAGACUCUUUAGAUGCUGAGGCCCAACAGGGUGGGGGCACAUAUCGAAAGGAAGAGUCUAAACCCACAGAUGAUCUUAGUUGGAAAAACCCACCACCUAUUCCGUUCUCACGCCUGGAUGAUCCAGAUGAUGACCCAAUACGUCAGACUAGCCAAGCGUCCCGUGUUCAUUAUGACCCUAACACUCAGGAUACAGGGACGAGUCGGCAAAUGCGCAGGACUCCGUUUCCUCAGGAUCAUGAUGAACAGCUUCCAGAUGAGGGUCAAGGUCAUGUUCGAGAACGAGACUUUAGUAGAGACAGCAUAGACGACAUGGGGGAAAGUCUUGACUUUAGGUCACCCCUUGGCCACCAGAGGUCACCACAUGUGGCUCAAAACCAGUCAAGAACAGAGACCUAUUAUGAGCAGAGGCACCCUGUCCAGGAGACCGGCCAGAGUCACGCCACUGGCCAGCCAGUCCACCCACAGAGAAUGGUACGUCAGGAUGCCGUCAGGGAUGCCUCUUCAGAACAGUUGACCUACGGAGGUAGAAUAUCCCGUUCCCGUGGUUACCACCGUGGCUCCCAGCCCGAGGAGGAUGUCAUGCCACCAAGACAAGACCAGCAUGAGAGACAGUAUGAGCAGGACCAAUAUGCACUCAGGAGUAAUCCUGAUAAAUAUCAGUCAUUGCCACCAGAUGAUGGGUAUAACAGAAACGACCAGUAUUACCAGAGACAAGCACAAGAUGACCAAUACUACCAGAGUCCACACCUUGACCAUUACAACAGAAACCUGCCACCAGAUGACCGUUAUGUCCAAAUGGGUCACCCAGAUGACCGCAGACCUCAUCCAGCAUAUCAAAGGCCACACCCAGAUGGCCAGUUCUACAGUGACCAACGUCCACCACCUCCACAAUCCAUGCUUCCACAGUCACACAAUAACUAUGAGCCACAGAUGUAUGCAAACCCUGAUCACAGCUAUGGUGGUCAGUUCAGGGGUCAGUUCCAGUCUAACCAACCCCCUCAGGCCUCUCCUAGGAACUUGUACAGGGAACCCAUUGGUGCCCCACCUAGAGAUUCUUACAGAGAGCCACCUCAGGCCUCUUUUCCAGAAUCUUACAGGGAGGCUCCACAGCCCUCUCCAAGAGAUUCUUACAGAGAAUAUUCAGGGACUUACAGUGGCCAACCUGUAAGACCUCUUAAUCAGUAUGGUCAGCCCAUACCACAGGAACAGUUUUAUGGCCAUCCUGGGCCACAAGGUCAGGUUUAUGACCCUCGAGGUCAAGUUUAUGACCAACAGGGUCAAGGUUAUGGACAGUUUGCUCCACAAGGUCAAGGCUAUGACCAUGGAGGUCAAGGUUUUGGUCAAUCAGGCCCACAAGGUCAGGGCUAUGUUUCUCAAGGGCCAUAUAUACAGAAUGGCCCUUCGUCUGUACAACAGCAGCAGUAUUACCAGUAUGCUGAUGAUCCACAGGCAGAGGAUGAUGGGAUGGAUGGAGGUCAAAGGUCAGGUCAGCCAUCAAGGGGAGAAAGGAGUCCAUCUAAGAACCAAAACCAAGUUGAUUUUAUAGAAAGAAAUAGGAAAAUUUUAAAUGAAGGAGCUCCUAAAAAGACCUAUGGACAGAAAUUUCAGGAAAAGAAAGAAAUGGCUGUCAUGCCAGUUCCAAGACUGAAACCCAGACUUUCGGCACCUACUGAGGGUAAAACACAAUCUGGCAAAGUCAAACAAAUUGAUUCUGUGAAAAAGAACCUGAAGCCAAAACCUUAUUCUGCAGACAGCAAAGUAACACCUGUAAAAGCUACUCCCGAGGAUGCUCCUAAAAGUCUAAAACAAAAGCCUUCCUCAGCUGAAGACUUAUGGUCAAAGAGAUCUCAGAUGCUGUCACAGAAAAAGGAGAAAAGUCUCACUGCAGGACUCAGUAAGAAUACAGGUUCUGUGAAGAAUGGUCUGCGGAAGUUCCCAAGCGAAAGUAAGAUAAAUUUCAGGGAAUCCAAGCCCCAUUUUGUUGAGCCUCUUCAGCACCGUCCCACUGUGCCUAAAGAGGCGACAGUGGACCCUGACCCAGUGCCUGUACCAGUGAGGCGUGCAUCGGUUGGCAGUCGGGAGUCUGUUUCUCUCGAUAUCCGUCCCAUCACCCAGACUCUGUGGACAGAUGACGGUCAAAGAGUCAGCGUGGAUAUAAACCUCAAACUGAUCACCCCUCCCCCUGUUGGGCCUUUGGUGCAAUCCCAGAACCGGGACAGACCCGUGGGACCCCUGCCUUCAUACCCGUCCCAUCUCUCAGACCAGUUCUCCCACAACCGUGCAAUACAUCAGCCAGUGGGGCCCAUCCCACAGGCCCACCUGGCCCCUGUUGGCCCUCUUCAGCAGGGCCCACAGUACCAGCAAGGCCCCCAGGGAGGCUACUACCCCCAGCAUAGACCCCCUCCUGUACCACAGCCAGGCUGGGAAGAGCAGACUGAGCAGACUGAGCAGUAUCACUAUGCUACUCCAAGGCAAGGUGCCCCCCCUGGGCAGCAGUAUGCAGACUCCAGACAGUAUGCCUGGCAGCACAGUCAGGGACCACCUAGGGACUUUUACGAUGAUGAGUCUCCUCGUCUGAGACACACCCACCCAGAGGUCCACGGUGCCCACCACUAUGAAACACUGCCACCUAUUGGCAGCCACGGGAAAAAAGCAGAAGACAAGCAGUCCCCCGUGAUGAGGGCAGUUACAUGGAGGCCUUCCAGAAACAGAAGCAGCCCAAGGGGGAGUACAGCCUACACUAUCAAUGACUACAGGAAGCUCAAGAAAGAGAUACAGCUAGGAGGACUGGGGCCUGAUCUGGAUAACCAGACCCUGAGGGAGAGGACGGAGAAGAGACAGAAGCAGUUACAGUAUGCCAAGCAGGUGAAGGAGCAACAGAAACAAACUUUCAAACCGGGAAGACCUCGUCCACAAGGGACUGCGGAAGAUAAGGAAAAGGAGGACAUUAUGAACAGGAGAAAACUGGCUAUGGAGUAUGCAAAGAGCAUUCCCAAACCCCAGGUUGCUUCUAGGCAUCCUACAGAAUUUAAUUCCUACGAAAUAGCUGCAGGCAGGGCAGGAUCCGUGCAGCCGCAAUCUCCCAGUAGAGCCGCCAGCUCUAAAACAGCUGAACAGGAGAUGGAGGAUUUAAUGAGGCUAAAAGAGCGUCAUGACAGCGAACGCAGGGCGGUGGCAGAACUGAAACAGCAUCAGACUUAAUUAAGAAUCAGUACUGUGGAAUCUGUAAAGACUCCAUACUCAGCAUUCCCAACAUAAUGAUUCUCACCAGGCAUGGGAUAUAUGUAGUUCACCACCUUGCAAACUUCCAUUUGGUCCUCAUGCCAAAACCAAACGGCUUUUGCACAAAUGAUAUUUCUCACUAACACUGUGUCCAUAUUGUGCCAUAUAAGUGUCUUGCUUCAUGACUGGAAGGUUACAUUAUAAAAACCCAUUAGAAAAUAAGAAGUGACAUUAGAUUGAGCAUAAUACUUUUU